GUUUGUGCAUCUGUGACACCCAAGCAUGCAUGUACAUACACACCGAGAGAGAGAACAAGAAAACGACAGAAAGAGAGAAUCGAGAGCCAAAGAGAAAGAGACAGUUGAGAACAAGGUGAAUGCUGUCGAGUUUGGUCUUCCCAUCAAAAAUCCAUCAUUUAAAAUCUUAAUACGAGAAAAAGGACAUAAGGAAGGACAAAGAUAGCUGAAAUGAGAGGCCUAAUUUUAAUUUUUACGCUCUCCAUCGUGGCAGCGGAGGCAGCCGACAGCAGAGCGUCAGUAGAUUUCUGGGGAUCCUCUUUCACUCUGACGUGCCCUGACAAUCAUUUUUACAACGAGUCUACAUCCUAUUAUCAAUCUUCGUAUUCUGAGAGGGAUCUUGACAAGUAUUACUGUGUCGAGACAGCAAAUGAACAAGUCAACAUAUAUCAUUUUUACAUCCUAGCAACAGUAUGUGAGAACUGCUAUGAGCUGGACUCUACAUUAGUUGCUGGGGCAAUCGGGAUGGACCUCCUAUUGACUGGAGGGAUUAUGAUGAUAAUCUACCUGUGUGCCCAUAAAAAGACCAGUGGGGAGACGCCUUCCAAAUCUGUCCCUGCCAAAGCACCCCCCCGCUCAGGAGGACGUGCUCCACCAGUGCCUGCAACCGACUACGAGACGCUGAACCCUCAGACACGGAGCAAAGACAUUUACGCUGGGGUUCAGAGGAAUGGCUGAUCACCUCACCCUCCCCUCACCCCCCCUUACCCCACACCAGGCACCCAGACACUCUGCUCUGCUGCUCCUCACCUGUGCUCAUCUCAUACUUUGCAAUUGAAAAGAGGAAGACUGAUCUUUGUGAUUUAGUUUAGCUUCUUAUUUGUUUACUGUAUGUGAGUGGGUAUGUUGCUACUGCAUGUGCUCCUUAAAAGUGUUGUAUGAACUUAGCUUUUUUUAUCGAUGUCUUUUUAUCUACUUACCUUUACAUAAACCUGCACAAGGAAGCAUUUUUAGGUUCUUAAUGAGCCAUGAGCUUUCUGGUAUCUGAUUAAAGUGGAUAAUGGAAACUUAUUAUUCACCUGAAGAUGUUUAGCCACAGGCAUACACUGCACACACUCUCACACAGAGUACUUGAACACACACACACACUCACACAGAGUACAUGCACACACACACACACUCACACAGAGUACAUGCACACACACUCUCACACAGAGUACAUGCACACACUCUCACACAGAGUACAUGCACACAUACAAGCUAUUACACCCGCAGCUCCACCCUCAAGUCUGUAGUGGUAGAUUCACAUCUCUGGUUAUCUCAUAUUAGAAACUCAGUGUCAGAGGCAGCAACCAGCUUAGUGGAAAAAUGAGAUGCCUCACCAUUCUGCUACUGGGAAACUAUUACAUCAGUGCACUGGAAACAUGAUUUUAUGCUUAUUUUGCCUCGGAAGAUGAUAAAGAUGUUCUGGAAGCAAA